AUCGUGCCCAUCGCCAUUAAAGAUUGUUUUAUUUUUUUUCUCUUUUUAAUAUAAAAAAAAUUCCAUAGGUAUCAAAGUUUUUGGAAAAAGACAAUAAAAAAUUAAUUAUAAUAUUGUUGAUUAAAAAAAUAAUUAAAAAUGCCACAAAAUGAAUAUAUUGAACGUCAUAGAAAGCUCUAUGGACGUAGACCAGAUUAUGAAGAAAGAAAACGUAAACGUGAAGCUCGUGAACCACACAGAAGAGCAGCACAAGCACGUAAUCUACGUGGUAUCAAAGCAAAGAUAUUUAACAAAGAAAGAAGAAAUGAAAAAAUACAAAUGAAAAAGAAAAUAAAAGCACAUGAACAGAAAAAAGUUAAAGAAACAACAGAACCAAUUCAAGAUGGUGCAUUACCAGCAUAUUUACUUGAUCGUGGUAUCACAAAUCGUACAAAAGUAUUGUCAAAUAUGAUUAAACAAAAAAGAAAAGAAAAAGCUGGUAAAUGGGAUGUACCAAUACCAAAAGUUAAAGCACAAUCAGAAGCUGAUGUAUUUAAAGUUGUUAAAACUGGUAAAUCAAAUAGAAAAGCAUGGAAAAGAAUGGUAACAAAAGUUACAUUUGUUGGUGAAAAUUUCACAAGAAAACCACCAAAGUUUGAAAGAUUUAUCAGACCAAUGGCAUUACGUUUUAAGAAAGCACAUGUUACACAUCCAGAGCUUAAAGCAACAUUUCAAUUGCCAAUUAUUGGUGUUAAAAAAAAUCCAAGCUCAGCAAUGUACACAACACUUGGUGUUAUUACUAAGGGAACUGUUAUUGAAGUAAAUAUUUCAGAAUUGGGUCUUGUUACACAAUCUGGAAAAGUUGUAUGGGGAAAAUAUGCACAAGUUACAAAUAAUCCAGAGAAUGAUGGUUGCAUUAAUGCUGUUCUUCUAGUCUAAAUUAUAAAAAAUUAUUAAAUUAAUAACAAAUUUAAAAACAAAUAAAUUAUUAGGAAUAAUAAAAUGUAUUUAAUUCAUAUUGUAAAUAAACACAAAAAUAAUAUUUUAAUUAAAAUACAAGACUUUAUACGACUUAUAAAUUGAUCCUGCACAAAUGAAAAAUUAUUCUGUUGUUGAUGAUGACAUUUAAUAAUUGAUGGAUGGAUGUUUGUAUUUAUU